AUGACGCAAGAGCAGCCUGUUCCUACUCGCGUCUACAAUCCAAAAGUUCCCUACCCAGUCCCAUCUAAGAAGUCACGCAAGGAUUGCGAAGAGAUGAAGUGCAAGAAGAUGCUAGAGGAGUUGAAUGUCAAGCUAUCUCUCAUGGACGCAAUCCAGAUGAUUCCUUCAAUGCGCAGUCUUGUGAAGGGAAUGAUCUCUGGGAAGACCUCUGCAGACAGCGAUAUCAUGAUGGUCUCAAAAGAAUGCAGUUCCAGUGUGAAUCUCAUGCCCUACUCAGUUGCAAAACGUAUGAGACUAACCAACUUCAAGCCAACCAGGAUUUCGUUGGUGUUCUCAGACAGAUCAGUCAAGUUGCCAGUAGGUGUUCUCGAAGACCUACAAGUUCAAAUUGGCAACACCACUGUUCUGGCGGAUUUCGUAGUUCUGGAGCUCGAAGAUGAACCGAAAGACCCUCUCAUUCUAGGCCGACCUUUCCUAUGCCCAGCUGGUGCAAUCAUUGAUGUGCGCAAUGGGAGAAUCGAUCUCCAGCUAGGAGAUAUUGUGAUGAAGUUUGAGAUGGACGAGUUGCUCAAACGACCUAUGCUAGAUUGUCAGAACUUCACGAUUGACGACGAGAACUCCGCCUUGACCCCUUAA